UUGUAAUAUUUAAUUAAAUUUAAAUUUAAAUUCUUUUAUUAUUUAAGUCGUAUACACAGUAUUCGGUUCCCACAUCUUGUUCGUUUAUUUUGUCACAAUCACUCUUUUGAAUAUAGAUCGAGAGACGAAAGGCGUACAUUUGCAGCAAAAUCAGCCGGAGAAAAGACAUGUCGGCGAACGACGUAGACAAGAAGCCAGCCGGAGAACACAUCAAUUUGAAAGUCAAAGGCCAGGAUGGGACUGAAGUGUUCUUCAAGAUCAAGCGUAGCACACAGUUGAAGAAAUUGAUGAAUGCCUAUUGCGAUCGACAAUCGGUCGAGAUCAACUCUAUUGCUUUCUUGUUUGAUGGCCGUCGCCUUCGAGCAGAACAGACACCCGAUGAGUUGGAAAUGGAAGAGGGGGAUGAGAUCGAUGCUAUGCUGCACCAGACAGGAGGUGGGUUCGGCUUCUGAUGGAAGGAGAAUGGUUCAUUCUUGCCUGGUUAGCCAGCCCGUUUGAUUUGUUGAAGUUGUUUCGAGUGUAGUAUGUCUAUCUAGUAUGGUGUCGUCGGCCCCUUUCGCCUAGUUAAUAACUUGUAGGAAUUUACUGUUUGAAUGUAACAGAUUGAUGAUUGCUAGCUUUUGUGAAGUUAUGCUAUAAAAGGUUGUUGAUGUUUGUUUAA